AUGGGAGAUUGGAUUGGUAGCUCAUGGGUAUGGGGACUACAAUGGCGUCGCCACUUGUUUGAUUGGGAAAAUGAAGAUGUACAAGCACUUCAACAUAUCAUUCAUCAAAAGGGGCCGAAAAGAGACACGACGGAUGGUAUCCUCUGGAAGAAUGCAGUUGCUGUCUCUUAUCCUACAAAAGACAUAACAGAUAAGCUCUCUGAAUCCCUUGUUCCUUCCCUUCCGAAAUCAGUAGCGUCAAUUGUCUGGCAAAAAUUCAUACCCCCGAGAGCAAAACUGAUUGUAUGGCUGGCAAAUAAGGAGAGGCUGAAAACUGGAGACCUGCUCGUGGAAAAAGGAAUCAUUCCCCCCCAAGAUGCAAACUGCCCUUUCUGCGGUAUGUUUCUUGAAUCCAACUCUCACAUUCUAUUUGUUUGCAGAUUCUCUUGGAGUGCUUGGAUGGAAAUUAUUAACUGGUGGGGCCUAUCAGCUCCUCUCCAUAAUCAACCCUCAAAAUUCAGCAUACAAUGGCUAGGCCUGGUCAAUCGUAGGAGUCACAAGGACAUCUGGACCCUCACACUGGGAUGCGUCUUUUGGUCUUUGUGGUAUGAAAGGAACCAAAUCAAGUUUAAAAGAAAAACGCCAAAUCUGCACAAUUUUGUUCUUUCCUUGAAAAUCCGAAUUGGAAUUUGGGCCAAGGAAAUGAUGGGUUCCGAUAUAUGUGCUCCAAAUGUUAUACAUAAUGGAUACUGA